AACCUAUAAUUUACAAAUGUUCUUCUUGAACCGAAGUGUCUACAAGGUUCGUCCAUUCAUUUUCUUUUGCGAUUAUUCGCAUUUAUAUCCUCGUUUAUCUGGUUGAUCGUUUGGUUUUUUGUCAUCAUGGCUCCAAAGAAGCCGAGCUCCAGUAAAAAGGUCGGAAAGAAAGCGAAGAUCGCCCCAGCACCUCUCGUCAGUGAGAAACCAAAAAAGGUUCUUAAACAGAAGGUUGUUAACCCUUUGUUUGAAAAAAGACCCAGGAACUUCGGAAUUGGUAAGUUUAUUUUAUUUUUGAUUAUUUAUUAUUUAUUUUAAGGCCCCUAAAUUAUCCAGACAGGUAUAAAAUAUAAAUAUUUGAGUACCAAUGAAAAAAUAUUUAAUCGCAAUGAUGCUUGAAUUUCUUCACCUGAAUAAAAUGAAUUCUACUUGGUAGUUUUAUUUAAAGUAAUGCUGUAACUGACAUACUGAGCGAAAUUGGAUUUUAACUUUAUAUAUUAUUCAUUAUAACUCAACUCUAAUGUACCCAUUGUUUCUAUUAGAAUAUAGUUUGUUUAGAUAAUUGUAUUGGGAUAAGUGGAGGAACCCGUCUUAUUUUGUUAUGCUUUAAAUUUGUAUUUUUACUUGGAGAAACUGAAAAUUAUUAUGGUAGGGUUUAAGUUCAAUAUUUUAAAUAUCUAUACAAUUAUGUUAAAAUAAGUUAAUUUAUAAAAUACAUUAACUUUGGCCAUGAUGCUUGAAUUUCUUCAACGGAACUUUUCAUACAAUUAAAGUAUGUUUAGAGUAAUGUUGAAAAUGACAUUCUGAGCUUGUAUGUAUUUAAAUUUUUGAAUGAUGAGUUUUAUUGAUUGAUUUACAAUGAUAAUCAAAUACACAUUACGAGCUUUUUAACUCUGACAAAUUGUUUGUUUUU